CUAGGCCUGUGCUCAGAGAAAAGCUGGCAUCCUCCGCCUGGUUUCCUUCACCUUACCUUUUUCUUCAUUGUGCAGAGGCAGAGCCUUCCAGAGCAUAGCUUAACAACCUGUCUGCUGAGGUCUCAGAGAAUCAGAGAAAAUUGAUGAGAAAUGGUCCCUAGAGCCCUAGCUGGGAAGAUAAUGAGGAGCAUCUGAUGCAUCACUGUAAGCGAUACCGCUCCCCUGAGCCAGACCCGUACCUGAGCUACCGAUGGAAGAGGAGGAGGUCUUACAGUCGGGAGCAUGAAGGGAGACUGCGAUACCCCUCUCGAAGGGAGCCUCCGCCCCGGAGAUCUCGGUCUAGAAGCCAUGACCGCCUGCCCUACCAGAGGAGAUACCGGGAGCAUCGUGACAGCGACACAUACCGGUGUGAAGAGCGGAGCCCAUCCUUUGGAGAGGACUACUAUGGAUCUUCACGUUGCCAUCAUCGUCGGCGGUCACGGGAAAGGGAGCCAUACCGGACCCGCAAGCAUGCCCACCACUGCCACAAACGCCGCACCAGGUCUUGUAGCAGCGCCUCCUCGAGAAGCCAACAGAGCAGUAAGCGCAGCAGCCGGAGUGUGGAAGAUGACAAGGAGGGCCACCUGGUGUGCCGGAUCGGCGAUUGGCUCCAAGAGCGAUAUGAGAUCGUGGGGAACCUGGGUGAAGGCACCUUUGGCAAGGUGGUGGAGUGCUUGGACCAUGCCAGAGGGAAGUCUCAGGUUGCCCUGAAGAUCAUCCGCAAUGUGGGCAAGUACCGGGAGGCCGCCCGGCUAGAAAUCAAUGUUCUCAAAAAAAUCAAGGAGAAGGACAAAGAGAACAAGUUCCUGUGCGUCUUGAUGUCUGACUGGUUCAACUUCCAUGGUCACAUGUGCAUCGCCUUUGAGCUCCUGGGCAAGAACACCUUUGAGUUCCUAAAGGAGAAUAACUUCCAGCCUUAUCCUCUACCACAUGUCCGGCACAUGGCCUACCAGCUCUGCCACGCCCUUAGGUUUCUACAUGAGAAUCAACUGACCCACACAGACUUGAAGCCAGAAAACAUCCUGUUUGUGAAUUCUGAGUUUGAAACUCUCUACAAUGAGCACAAGAGCUGUGAGGAGAAGUCGGUGAAGAACACCAGCAUCCGAGUGGCUGACUUUGGCAGUGCUACCUUUGACCAUGAGCAUCACACGACCAUUGUGGCCACCCGUCACUAUCGCCCGCCUGAGGUGAUCCUGGAGCUGGGCUGGGCACAGCCCUGCGACGUCUGGAGCAUUGGCUGCAUUCUCUUUGAGUACUACCGGGGCUUCACACUCUUCCAGACCCACGAAAACCGAGAGCAUUUGGUGAUGAUGGAGAAAAUCCUAGGGCCCAUCCCAUCACACAUGAUCCACCGUACCAGGAAGCAGAAAUAUUUUUACAAAGGGGGCCUGGUUUGGGAUGAGAACAGCUCUGACGGCCGGUAUGUGAAGGAGAACUGCAAACCUCUUAAGGGUGGCUGUGAAUGUAAUUGGGGAACACCAGAAGAGCCAGAUGUCAGAGACCGUGCUACUUCCUGCCCCCUCUUCUCUCAAUUUUGGGAAGAACUAGGCAGGACUGAGGUGAGGGGUAGGGAAGACCUAGACAUGGCCAGGAAGCCUCUGUCAACUGCAUUUGGUGCUUGGACAAGUGAAUUCCACAGAGGUGAUUUCUACCCACCUGUCAGAACUUUGCACUUGGGGGCAGAGGCACCAAGCCAGCAAGACACCCAGUAGCCUGACAAGUUCAGAGCAAACAUUAUUACAGGCACAAAAAGAAAAGAGCUGCUCAUUGUCCAGGAGGGGAGAAGUAGUCCUCCAGGGAGGCAUCCCUGCCUCCUCAGCUACGCAGCAAUGCUUCCCAGAGGCAAGGGGACCUGCUGUGGGUUCCCACGACCCUGCCAUCACACUGAGACACCUUGUGUCCCUGAGCAGAGUUAUAUGCUCCAAGACUCCCUGGAACACGUGCAGCUGUUUGACCUGAUGAGGCGGAUGUUAGAAUUUGACCCUGCCCAGCGCAUCACAUUGGCGGAGGC